CGGCGCCGCGUUCGGCUAGGCGCCUUCACCUCAGAAGGCUUAAUGCCCUGCCGGUCCGCCCCCUCCGGCCGCCCGAGCCGCAGCCAGCCCGUUUUGCAGCGUUUCCAGUCUCGCCCGCCGUUUUCCUAGUUCCCGGUCAGCGAAGGAAUAUGGGGUGUCUUGGCUGAAUCUUCAUGCAGACAAGAUCAUUAUGGCCCUGGUUGAAAAAUUGGCACAGUAAUUGAGGAAACAAAACUCACAAGGACAAAUUGUUGCUUAGAUUGAUCUGUGGGGACCAGCCUGUUUGCUGUAAGAGAAGACUCAGCCAAAGGGAGUGACUUAAGAUCCACUGCAGGUGUGUGAACAAGAUUGCUGCUUCAACAAAACCCUAGACCCAACCACACCUUGAGAAAAGAAUGGCCACUUUCCAGGGUGCAGUCUUUUUCAUGCUGUUGGUGUCCUGUGUUUGUAGCACUGUCUUCCACAGGGACCAACAGACUUGGUUUGAGGGUGUCUUCCUGUCUUCCAUGUGCCCCGUCAAUGUCAGUGCCAGCAUCUUAUAUGGAAUUAUGUUUGACGCAGGGAGCACUGGAACUCGAAUUCAUGUUUACACCUUUGUGCAGAAAACACCAGGAGAGCUUCCAAUUCUAGAAGGGGAAAUUUUUGAUUCUGUGAAGCCAGGACUUUCUGCGUUUGUAGAUCAACCUAAGCAGGGUGCUGAGACUGUUCAAGGACUCUUAGAGGUGGCCAAAGACUCAAUCCCCCGAAGUCACUGGAAAAGGACCCCAGUGGUCCUGAAGGCAACAGCAGGACUGCGCUUACUGCCAGAACAGAAAGCCCAGGCUCUGCUCUUUGAGGUAAAGGAAAUCUUCAGGAAGUCACCUUUCCUGGUGCCAAAGGACAGUGUUAGCAUCAUGGAUGGAUCCUAUGAAGGCAUAUUAGCUUGGGUUACUGUGAAUUUUCUGACAGGUCAGCUGCAUGGCCACAGCCAGGAGACCGUGGGGACCCUGGACCUGGGGGGGGCCUCCACUCAAAUCACGUUCCUGCCCCAGUUUGAGAAAACCCUGGAACAAACCCCUAGGGGCUACCUCACUUCCUUUGAGAUGUUUAACAGCACUUACAAGCUCUAUACACAUAGUUACUUGGGAUUUGGAUUGAAAGCUGCAAGACUAGCAACUCUGGGAGCCCUGGAAACACCAGGGAUUGAUGGACACACUUUCCGAAGUGCCUGUCUACCAAGGUGGUUGGAAGCAGAGUGGAUCUUUGGAGGUGUGAAAUACCAGUAUGGUGGAAACCAAGAAGGGGAGAUGGGCUUUGAGCCCUGCUACGCCGAAGUCCUAAGGGUGGUACAAGGAAAACUUCACCAGCCAGAGGAGAUCCAAAGAAGUUCCUUCUAUGCUUUCUCUUACUAUUAUGAUAGAGCUGCUGACACAGACAUGAUUGAUUAUGAAAAGGGGGGUGUUUUAAAAGUUGAAGAUUUUGAAAGAAAAGCCAGGGAAGUGUGUGAUAACUUGGGAAACUUCACCUCCGGCAGCCCUUUUCUGUGCAUGGAUCUAGCCUACAUCACAGCCCUGUUAAAAGAUGGCUUUGGAUUUGCAGACAGCACCAUCUUACAGCUCACAAAGAAAGUGAACAACAUAGAAACAGGCUGGGCCUUGGGGGCCACCUUUCACCUGUUGCAGUCUCUGGGCAUCUCCCACUGAGGACGCACACUUCCUCUGAGGCCUGUAUUCACCAACAACCUUCUUAAAGGAAGGAGGAGAAAGGACUUAACUAUUUUCUGAGCAAGUCUGGGGACAACUUAGACUGAAGCCCAGCAGCUGGCUUUAUCAGGAGAAAGGGGGCUUUUAUAGAUGGGUCUUACCCUUGAGCCUAGAAAUUUGAGUUUAAUUUUAUACAUCUAAUGUAAACUGCUACCUGAUCACUCAACGUGUACAGCCCACAUCAGUGUCUAAAUCUUUGGGGUUCUUUGUGUGUCACAGAGAGCCUGUGAGCCAAAAAGUAUAAAUAGUUUUGGAAUUCCAACUUUGGACAGCCCAGGGACAGGUCCUUGGGAACCUCAUACAACCUUUUGAGUGCCUCAUUCCUUUAAACAUUUUACUUUUCUUCUUACAUGCUAAAUUAAGCUGAUUUAUUACAAUCCCAUGACCUAUCUAUACUAUCUUGUUUUCCUCCCUAUACACUGCUCUGCCCUACCUACCUUUAUUUGCACCCACCUCUCCCAAAGAGAAAAAAAAAAUGGUUUUACUUUCCAUGUAUAAUUUUUACAAAAAGGUACCAUAUCAGAAUUUGAUCCUCUUCUAUGCUAGCUCCAAUCACCCAACAGAGAGCCAUGCUAAAUGGUAAGAGAAGGGAGAGUAACUCCUAACUGUGCAGCCUUAAGAUAGGCCGCCAUCUAGAGGGUGUAGCUGCCUCAUGCAGCCCACCUUCUUGAUUUAAUCAAGUUUUUAAAGUCAACUCUGGGAUUAAUGAGCAUGUCCUACCUUAUGUGUAUAUUCAGUGCCAGUACACUCCUAGGCGAAUGUGUUCAUAGUAUUUUCUGUGGUCCUAAACUCAUUUUUUUGUAUUUCUAAGAAA